AUCGCAAAUCACCAUCUCCUCAUACUGAGCUAUAUUUGUCUAUUCUGUCGUAACAGAUUUUCGAAAUGGAAAGGUAUAGCGUGGUUGGACCGAUCGGAGCAGGAUCGUCUGGAAAGGUUUUUAUGUGCAGUGAUGACCAAACUGAUUCGACGGUCGCUGUGAAGUGCAUCAAAUUUGAUUCACGCAAAGGUCUACCGGGCAUAGUGUCAAAGGAAAUCGCUAUCUUGAAGCAGUUGAAUCAUAAUAAUAUCGUCAGGUUAUUAGAUGUGGUGGAAGAACAAGAUAAUGCCAAUCUUAUUUUCGAGUACAUGGAGAUUAACCUUGCCAACGCCAUUUAUUCACAGUUUAAAGGGAAUAUUUUCGGUCAUAUAAAAAAUAUUCUGUUCCAGAUACUUGAAGGUGUCUCGUAUUGUCACUCGCAGAAUGUUAUACACCGGGAUUUGAAACCUCCUAAUGUGCUCUUAGAUAACGGAAUGACAAUAGUAAAACUUGCCGAUUUUGGAUCCUCCAGGAUAAUUGAUGUUCCUCUUAUAGAUUCCUAUACCAAGGCGGGAACACGUCAAUACAGAGCACCUGAACUCCUGAUUGCCGCCCCGUAUUCUAAUACAGUUGACAUAUGGGCUGUGGGUUGUAUUUUUGCUGAGAUGGUGAAAAGAAAGCCUUUAUUUAGUGUGCUUACUGAUAAAGAUGUAGUGAAGGAGAUAAUCAGCAUAUUUGGUUUGCCGGAUGAAAGUGAAUGGGAGGGAGUGGAAUCAUAUAUGUUCAAUUUCUUUGGAGAUGACCCGUUCCCCGCGGAAGCAACCAAGGACCUUGCAUCUGUUGUCCCGGGCCUUGAACCAGAAGGACUCGAUCUUCUCUCAAGAAUGCUGUGCAUAUAUCCGCAUAAGAGAAUUACUGCAGAUGAAGCACUUCAGCAUCCUUACUUGAGAGGUGCGAGAGUCGUUGUAGCAGAGCAGCAGAUUGAAACGGAGAGGGAAGAGCUCGGAGUCGUUGUAGCAGAGCAACAGAUUGAAACGAAGAGGGAAGAGCUCGGAGCCGUUGCAACAGAGCAGCAGAUUGAAACGAGGAGGGAAGAGCUCGGAGCCGUUGCAACAGAGCAGCAGAUUGAAACGAGGAGGGAAGAGCUCGGAGCCGUUGCAACAGAGCAGCAGAUUGAAACGAGGAGGGAAGAGCUCGGAGCCGUUGCAACAGAGCAGCAGAUUGAAACGAAGAGGGAAGAGCUCGGAACCGUUUCGACCAGAAGGAACUACGAUUGCUGCUGCGCUUCGAUGUUAGUUUGGUGGAGGGGGGAUCAAGAUUGAGGUUUCUAAUUCCUCUAUAUAGU